AUGGCUUUCCAGCCUACCCCGACGGAUAUCUCCGUCAUUAUCACGUCGACAGCUGCGUCCCGUACAACUGAUGGGGAGCCAAGGUUCCUCAAUGAGCGCCGCAUCACCCCCACUUGGACGGUCGAGCAGGUCAAGAGCAAGCUCGAGACUAUGACCGGUGUUCCGCCGGGUAGCCAGCGCCUCCGUGUGAAGGUUCCUGGGCGACCGGAUCAGUGGGCGGACAAUGAUCAGCGGCUUAUCGGGGACUAUGGGCUUGUGAAGGGUACUGAGAUUGAGGUCCACGACUCCCGCCCGCAAGCUAUGCGCCCCAACUUCACCGACCUCUCCUCGGUCGACAAGUACGAAAUGACCACAGAGACCUACGAGACUCUCUCCGACUCGGUCCUGGCCUGGAAGAGGAACCAGAAGCUGGGUCGCUUCGACCCCAACGCGCUCUCCCCCGAAGAAGCCCUGCGCAAGCAGGCCGAGAAAGACCGUAGUGAGCUGGCCAGUCGAGGUAUUGCGGUCGACAAGCGGGCUAUUAUUCUCCCCUCGUCCCCGCCACAUAUUCGCCGCGGGACUAUUCGCUUCGUCGGCCCUGUGCCGACGAUCCCUAUCACUGGCCCUGGCCGCGAGCUCGAGCAGAAUGGUGACCUCCCCGCCGAGCUACAGCCUAUUUGGGUUGGCAUCGAGCUGGAUGAGCCAACGGGGAAAAAUGAUGGCAGUGUGGGUGGCCACCGUUACUUUGAAUGCCUGGAGAAGUGCGGCGCUUUUGUGAAGCCUGAUAAGGUGGAGGUGGGUGAUUUCCCUCCGCUGGGUCUGGAUGAUGAGUUGGAUGAGUUGAUGGAGGAGAUUUGA